AUGUUUCGAACCAAGUCACAAAAGGUCAAGCAGAAGCAGAAGCAGAAGGAUAGACGCCCUUCAGUCUCAUCCACUGUGAGCCAGAGUAGCACAAAGAAUUCAUCUGUGUCUACCCUGCCAGUCCAAUCCCCAAUGGACUCGAGAAAUGCCCCAUCUUUGACCUCUUCAUCCCCCGUGGUGCCAGAGUCAAAGCCAGAAGCUCCGGUUCUUAUGGAAUCUCCAGUCUCCGAUAAGCCAGAGCAGGCUCCUCUUGCUGUUCCCCCAGAGGAAGAGAAAGUGGCGGCUACGACUCCAACUCCCAAGCCCAUCGCUGAUUCUCCCAGCAAAGUAGCUUAUGUUCCUCCUCCUGCUCCUUCUCCUCCUCUGCCUCCCGCUUCUGCUUCUGCUUCUGCCAAUCCACCAACUUACGAGGCUUCUGAUUCAAAAGAACCCGCAGCUAACAUCCUCUCUCCACCUGUUAGCAUUCCCACUGAGCCCCGUCCCGUCGGCGGCCGUCGCAACAAGUCCGAUGAUGAGGCCAAUGGUACCACCCGUGGUGGUGAGCUAGUUUCCGGUCGAACUGAUGGGCCUGGUGCCAUCUCCAACGCCGGCCUCCAGAUUCCCGGCAAGCUGCUGAAUGACCCUAACGAGAAGGCCGCCUUGAAGGUCAAGGUUCACCUCAACCUCCACGCCAAGGUCCGCCUCGACUUGGACGCUCAGAUCUAUGGUGAUGUUGUCAUUGGUCUUCUGUGA